AUGCUCGAAAACGACGCGUGUCGCGAAGCCGGCAUCUACCCGGCCCAGGUGUACCACACCCAGGGGUCCGUUUGGGGAGGAACGACGACAUACUCGGUCGAUGACAGCACCACUACCUGGGAAUGCGCGCUGGGGGGUGGCCUGGGCGCGAAAGAGGGUAUCCGCGCCACGUGCUCCAAGACGAUCGAGCGAGGCGGUAGCAUACAGACGGAAUCGACUUCAUAUGGCAACUGCUACUGCAUCGCCCACUUGCUCCCGAUGGUCGUAACAGCCAACGCAGACCUGCUGCAUGACGAGCCGUUUACUCCGUACACCGGAAAGGACGGUGUGGUCACGGUUAUCGAUGCUUCUUGGAUCGAGUCCAACGACACCUACUUCCAGUACGGAAACAAGCGCGUCUGCCGAAAAUGCAGGGAUAAAGGGCAUUCGGGGGCUCUCUAG